CGCGAGAUCAGUUUCAUUCUAAAUUUUGAAGUGAAUUUUGGAAAGCCAAAAUAAAUUAAUUAAUUAUGACAACGUACACCGAUAAAGGACCGAAACCAGAAGCUGGAAAAUUUCUUGCAUUCGAUCAUUUGACAUUUUACGUAAGCAAUGCAAAGCAAGCAGCAUCAUAUUAUGUAACGCGAAUGGGAUUUGAUUAUCUUGCUUAUCAAGGUUUAGAAACUGGCAACAGAAAAAACGCAAAACAUGUCGUGAAGCAAAAUAAAAUCAUUUUCAUUUUUGUCUCGCCAUACGACACAAACAACGCAGAGUUCGGAGAACAUUUGAUAAAGCAUGGUGACGGUGUCAAAGAUAUUUCAUUUGAAGUUGAAGAUCUUGAUGCUAUCGUUGCGAAAGCACGUGAACGUGGCGCUAACAUUCUUCAUGAUGUCACAACAGAAUCCGAUGACUUUGGAAGUGUUCGAUUUGCGAUUCUUCAAACGUAUGGUGACACCACCCACACUUUGAUUGACCGGAAAGGAUACAAAGGAAUAUUCCUUCCCGGUUACAAACCACAUUACAUUGUAAACGAUGCGCUUCAAAAAUAUCUGCCAAAAAUCAAUUUGCGGUUUAUUGAUCACGUCGUAGGGAAUCAACCUGAUUUAGAUAUGGAACCAGUUGCUGAAUGGUAUGUUCGUUGUUUGAUGUUCCAUCGUUUCUGGUCGGUUGAUGAUUCGCAAAUUCAUACGGAAUAUUCGGCACUUCGUUCAAUCGUGGUGACAAAUUAUGAAGAAACUGUUAAGAUGCCGAUCAAUGAACCAGCAAAUGGGAAAAAGAAAUCACAAAUUCAAGAAUAUGUUGAUUAUUAUGGGGGUGGUGGAGUUCAACAUAUUGCAUUGAACACCGACGACAUUAUUGAAGCCAUCACAAAAUUGAAAAUGAGAGGGAUGGAGUUUCUUCAAGUGCCUGACACAUACUACGACAUGCUGAAAGAACGUCUAAAGGCUGACAAAUUUCAGAUCAAAGAAGACCUUGAAGUGCUUCGAAAGCUUAAAAUUUUAAUCGAUUACGAUGAGAACGGAUAUUUGUUGCAAAUCUUUACAAAAAAUAUGCAAGAUAGACCAACCCUCUUCUGUGAAGUGAUUCAACGUCGUAAUCACAAUGGUUUUGGAGCGGGUAAUUUCAAAGCACUUUUUGAAGCAAUCGAGAUGGAUCAAGCGCAGCGUGGAAAUUUCUUUCAUUUGAAAAUGUAUUCAAAUGAGCCCUUGUUGAAGAAAGAAAGAAAACAUUCGACAAGCUCAAAGAAACGAAGUAAGAAAGGAACAUGGGGAUCGAGAGAGCGCACCAGUAUGUCAUUUCUCAUUGUAAUCGCUUUCUUCGCUAUAUUUGGUAUCAUCAUACUGACAGAGGUACUCAUGAUAGAUGAUAGAAAUAGCGUAACUGUAAGGCGAACAAGCGUCAAUCGAUUCAGUGAAUCAAUUCCUGACUACGAGGAUGUCAAGGAAGACUACGCUGAUGACAGUGGAAUUUUCGUUCGUGAACAUAGAUUUGGUGUUGGUGCCCUUGGAAAUUUAUUCAAGAAGAGUAAAAAAUCCGAUCCAUCAAUUCAAGAGAAGAUGAUGCAAGGCAUCCCAGUAGUUCCAGAUUCUGAUCCCAAUGCGGUGCCUUGGGGACAAAUGUUGCCAAUUAAUAUUGAAGCCAAUCUCCCGCCAUAUCCCAGUGAUGUGAAGCCAAAAGAUGGCACAUGGCAGGUUGUGAAUGGAACACGAUUCAAAUUUUUCGUGUUCUCUGCUUUUUAUGAUCGUCGUGACGGACGAAUGAUUCGAGUGAUAGGAGCUACAAAGACACGUGGACCGGAAAAGGUUUGGUGUCGAAUGUGGUAUCCAGUUGAUGGAAAUUAUACAAGACUUCGAUCAAUCUCAGUUAUGGCACGAGUUAAAGUUAUUCGAGAAAAUUGGAAUCUCAAAUAUAGCGCGUGUUUUAUAUUAUGUCCAUUAAGAAAUUCCAAUCUCGAUGUUCCAUAUUCUGUUAGUAUCGUCAGUAAGCUUCGAUCGCCACCAGGGAACAUUCUUAUGUUGCGAAACACUGACAGCGAUCCUGAUUUUGCCAAUCAUAGUGUCACAAACAUUCCCAAUAAGAUUGCGGUAUGUGUAAAGCCGUUGCACUUCAACUAUGAUCAGGAUCUUUAUAUGCUCGAAUUUCUUGAACUCAACAACCUUCUUGGAGUGUCACAUUUCACGUUCUAUAAUCAUACAAUUGGACCGAAAGCGACAUGUAUUUUGAAGCAUUAUAUGGAGGGUAAAAUUGUACAACACUCUGCAGGCAGUAACUCAAUUGGACGAUCUAGUAGUGGCGAUAAGAAUACAACCGAAACAGCUCCAUCACCGAAAAUCACCGUAGAUUUAUUGCCUUGGAAUUUGAAGAUGAAAUCGCAAAAGGAAAUUCGAACUGAGGGUUUAUUUGCCUCGUUAAAUGACUGCUUAUAUCGAAGCAUGUACAGAUAUUCUCACGUUGCUUUAAUUGACUUGGAUGAAUUUAUUAUUCCGAGAUACAACGACACUAUAAGUGAAUUGUUAGAAUGGUUAUCCAAACGAAUAAACAAUAAAAACACGGGCGCUUUUUCAUUUCAAAAUGCUUUUUUUUAUUUGCAAUUUGCAAACGACGCAACGAUUUAUGAUAAAGCGUCAACAAAUCCACAGCUUCGAGCGUCACUUGUGACACAGAAAAAAACGAGAAGGAGACAAAAACUUCAUCCACAAAAGCAAAGGUCAAAAUAUAUUUGCAAACCUGAAGCUGUUAUCGAAGCAGGAAAUCAUUUCGUGUGGGAAUUUUGUCCCGGUCGGGGUUCUUUAAAUGUUCCAUCGAGUUCAGCCAUAUUGCACCAUUAUCGAGUUUGUGAGUUUGGUGGCGAUGAUUGCGUCAAGACACCGUCUGUCGAAGAUAGGACGGCACAUAAGUAUGGAUCUCGACUGGUAGAACGAGUUAGUGCAAUUUAUGAGCAACUCAAAGCUCCUUGUAAACUUUCUAGUCUUCCGAUUCUUCCGACCCGUCCUCCACCCACUAGAAAGAAAACGUUGAGGAUUGGAAAGUUAGGAAAGAAUUCAAGCGGAAACAACAUGACCAUCUCGCAGCUCGUGGAACAGCAGGAUGUCAAAAUAAAGAAAAUUGUUUUUCCAUAAAGUUCUCAACUCCCUCUACGAAGAAUGUUUUUACACUUAAAAUCCACACCCAGCCCAUCAUCAUAGUACCAUAAGACAACAAAAAAUACGGAAUAAAUUUGAAAUUUCAAUAUGAAAAAAUGGUGCUUGAUGGGAUAUCGCGGUACGGGUGAAAGAAUUCAUUUUCAAAGAUUUUUAUUCAAACCAAUCUCAAUUUUCUCGGUCUUCAGCAUCGACAAGAUAAAAAUAAAAAUAUUCGCGGGUGAUAAUUAAUUAUUAUAAAUAAACAAAUAUUGGAAGAUGGUGAAAAACAGCCACACAUAAUUUAUCUAAAUUAUUUAAAUCAGUCUUCGAUCCGAAAAUUUAAGUGAGAAUUUGUUAACAUGACGUGAGAACAAGAAAGAAAAUUUAAUUGAUUUUCCUUUCCCUUCAUUUGAAACGAUGACGAAUAUUCAUGCAAUGCCGCAUAUAUUAGCAAUUUUUCACAUUCAUGAACCUACACGUGUUUAUGAAGUAAAUUUUAGCGUUCAUUUGUUGAAUAUUUAUAGAACUACAAAAUAUAAUUAAUUUCCAUAGAUUGACGUCUUUCUUUUUAUUAUUAUUUGUAAUUCGAGUGUCAAAACAAUUGAUUGAUCUAAUGAAUAUAUGCUGAUGACUUUAUCAAUAGUUACUUACUUAUCAACGAAGCCAAACAUUUACAGUCUUUUAGAUUUAGCGUUGCAAUGCAACUCACGAGAAUUUGAUCAGGAAGAAAUUUAAUUUAUUUAUAAGCUUUUAAACAAGCCAAAAGUUAAAAAAGUAAAUAAAUAAACUCCCACGUGUGUGAAAUAAUCGAAUCAAUAGGAAUUGAUGACAAGACAAAAAGAAAUAAAUAAAAAAACAUCGACAUGAUUGAAUUACAAUUGAAUUGACGGAUUACAUGUUGGAAUUCAUUUUAAAUGGAAAUUAAUUGAUGCUGUGCUUCACAUCAGCGAAACUCAAAAGAAAACAUAAAUUUACACAUUUUCAAGCUUCAACAAAUGAGUGUCAAUGACGUCAUUCAUUCUUACUUUUCUCUUCAAAUCAAAACUACUCAUAAAACUAAUCUCAUCCUUGUCUUGAUCAAGAAAUUCAUAAAAACGUUCCAAUAAGUAGGAAAUUAAUCUGUAUCAGUCAUCAGCAGAGUAGAUUUGUUAGCUAAAGAGAAAAAGAUUGAUAAAGAUACGGAAAUUUAUCGUUCGCAUCAAGACUAAAAUAUAAGUAAAAAUCUAUUAACAUAAAAUCAUUAAUUUCUCUAAGGAUGUUGAAGAAGAGAGAAAAAAAAGAAAAGAUUAUUGAUAUGUUAAUUGUGUCUUUCAGAAACAACAAAAACGUUUCUCCGCCCACACAUUUUAUUUGAUGAAAAACGAUUAAAUGUUCUUUUUCACCCUCGGCAUGAGACAACAGAUAAUUAAGAGAAAAUUAAGUUGUACAUUUUGUAGAUUGGUACCGGAAAAAAAUAAUAAUGUAGAACAUUAACCUAUUCAAAUGUAUUUAAUAAAUUGAUACGAGAAAUAAUGAAAAUGAUAUUCAUAUCACACAAUGAAGUCAAA